AUGGCUCCUUUCUUGUCCUCCAGCAGGACGGCAAAGGCACCGAAAUCGCCAAAGUCGCCUGGCCGCUCGCUCUUCGGCAAGGCCCUACCUACGACGCCGUCGUUCAACCGGCUCUUCUCGUCAUCGUCGUCGUCUGUGGCCGCCGCAGCCGCCGAGCAGCCGGCACUGCCACCACUGCCGCCGCCCUCGUCCAACCUGCUGGACUCAGCAACAUACUCGUUUGUACCAUCUGCCCAGGUUUCGGGCGCACCGCCAGCAUCGGACUACUCAAACUAUCCGGCCUACCCGUCCAGCGCCAACACAGCGGCCAUUCGCGGUCCACAGCCACCCUAUGCUCCGACCAGACGUCCGGUGCCGGGCAUCAACAUGAAUUCAACCUCGGCUGCAUCAUUGGCUACUUCUGUCUCGUCUGCCACGAUGCCUCUGCCAUCCUUUUCAAACCGACUGGCGUCCAAGCAGCUGCCGCCCCAGCCGCCUCAAUUGCCCGCAGAGCAGCCACAGUCGCCGUCAUUGUCGCCUGUCCGGGCCAUCCGUCGCCGGCCUGUGGGCAGAGCUGCUUCGGAGACCACUUCCACCUCGCAGACGGCAGCCAUGACAGCGUCGCCUCCGCUCGCGUCUAGCUCCCCUGUGGCUGUGUCAACAUCUCCACAGCUGCCGGACCUCCCCACCAGCUCCGUGUCGCUGCUCGGCCUGCCCGAGCUGCCUGCAUUCACGUCGCUGUCGGCGGACGUCGAGCCAUCACGACAGCUGCCUCGUCAGCGCUCACCGCCACUGCCGUCGCAGCUGAAAUCGCACCUCAUCGCACCGUCGCCACCGCCCCGAGCAGCCUCUCCUGGCGGCGCCUCCAUCUCGAGCAUCCUGUCGGCCUACUCGCAGUCGUCGCUUCAUGCCGGGCAGUCGUCGGCAUCCGAGGACACUGCGAACACCAAUCACUCGUCCUAUCUGGCUGGGCUGGCCCCCAGUCUCAAGGGCACUGGCACAACCGGCCCCAAGGACGGGGACGACGGACUGACACCGCUCUCGUACCUCCUGGAAGAAGACUAUGGCGAGGCCGAGGACGGCAGCGAGGUCACAGAAGAAGAAUUAUUUCGCCACUACGGCCAGUACGACCCUGAAGAGGACAGUCACGCGUCACUAGAUGCUAGCAACGUCAGCACCACCAUCGCACCACCGUCACCACUGCCCACUAAGAACGGCCAGACGGCGCAGCAGCAGCAGCAGGCACUGCCCCCCCGAUCGACGUCUCUGCGCGACCCAGCUUUUGCGCCCGAGUCCGUGCCAUCCUCUGACGACAGGACUUUACCGCCUCUGCCGGUCGGAGAAGCGUCUUUGAAGCCGUCGUUUAAUGCGCCCACCGCUACAGCAACUACAGCACCUGCAUCCGAGCUCUGGAAGCGCCGAAUCGAAAAUGCUGACGGGGCCCCAUCUCUGCCUGAGCUCGACCUGACCUUUGCGUCCACAGUGACGACGGCGUCCGGAUCCACUUUUGCCAACAGCAACGCCGAGCAACAAAAACAGCUGCCUUCCCGCCACCCACAGGGGCCCAGCACCCUUCGCAACCAGCCGGCCUUGCCGCCGCCGCUGUCGCCGCUCCCACCACCGCCUGCCCGCACAAACACAGACCAGCUGCACGCGCCGCCUCGUUCUCCCUUCCUCAGCGUCUCGCCUGCGGCUGUCGCCGCGUCGUCGCCGCGGCCCGGAUUGCCUGGGCGAGAUAUCAGGCCCUCCCGACAAGCAAGCCCGGCUGUGACGCCGACACCGGUGUCUGUAAACUCGGCUUCGGCAGCACAGUCUCCGUUAUCUCCGGAAACAUCGUCGGAAGCAUCAGCAACGCCGGUAGAGCUCGUCGGCAGCCCCGCUCUCAAUACCCCAAACAGUUCUGCCACCAGUCCUGUGUUCAGCUCCUUCUCCAAGAUGGGCCACUCAUUCUCCAAAUUUGAGGCCAAGGUCGAGAACAAGCUGAAGCGCAAAGACCCCAAGAAUAGUGUCAGCGGCACUAAGGCCGCAACAGUGCCUUCGCCGGCGAAAGAUGUCUCGUCAUCGCCCUCGCCCCAGCUGCCAGUACCAGCCAGUCAGCCGUCGCUGUCGUCGGCGCCGCCCCUUCAGCGACUGCCCACCCCCGACUACGAUGACGAGGAGGAUCGCAGCAAGCACGCCCUUUUCAACGGCACGGCUACAAAUGGCGCGGUCAUCGCCUCCAAUGGCAGUGCCAUUCCUGCGACAUCUACGCCGCCUGUGUACGCACCCGCAUCGCCGGCCACGUCGCCGACCGCAUCGCCGGCAUCCACGCUGGGUCUCGGCAUUCUGCCACCACCGGCACCGUUUGCGCGGAUGGACAGCGGACAGAUCUCACCGAGGAGCAGUCCUCGGCCCGCAGCACAACCACAGUUUCGCUCUGCUCUUCCCGGCCGUGAUAUUCGGCCUGCCAAGAAUGUAAAUGUGUCAACGGUGGCAUCUCCUGGACAGACACAAUCGCCGCAGCCACAGCAAUUUGCACCUCGGACUUCAUCGCGAAAGGUGUCGUUUUCGACGCCAUCACCUCGCGACCAGUUCCACUCUCCCGACGACGCUUCCACCGUCAGCGAAUCCAGCAGCCAGCUGACCAUCAAGGCGAUGCCACCGCCGAUGCAGCAACCGCCGUCGUCACCUUCCAAGCCGGGCAUGCUUCCCGUGUUCCCGGUGGGCUACAUGUCACCGAUGGCACCCGGCACAGUGGUCGCUGCCCCCCUACCGGGCCCGGUGCACUUCCUCUGCCUGCAUCGGCACCGCGAAAUGUUCCGCGACCGCAACACGUAUCACCCACUCAGCUGUCAAGCGUGCCAGACGCCGGACCGCUCGGUGCGAUGGCGGUGCAAGUGGUGCUGUCUGCGCGUAUGCACAAGUUGCCAGGCCGCACUGCAGAGCGAGGCAAUAAGUGGCGAUCUGGAGCGGCUGAUGGCGCAGCUGGCACAGAGGGGCAGCGGUGGCGGAAUGGAGCCGUAUGGCUCGAUAGGGCAGGGAUCCCCGCUGGCCUACGAGCUGCCGGCGAUCCAAGAGGCAAACGACGUGGACAGCAUCACGCCAGCAAGGCGGACACGAGCGCUGCUAUCAUUGGCGGAAGGUGGUCGCAAAUGGGCCAAGAAUGUCUUCGCCGAAGCCGCCGCCAGCGUCACCAGCGCCGACGAGUCUGGCCCGGACGCGAUCGCUGCGGAGGCCCCAAAUCGGCGUGUCGGCCGUCGGCUCAUCGAUGGCGCAGCCGGGCGUGGCAGCACGCAGGCUGCCGUCGCCGAGCAAGCAGUUGCCGACGAUGAGCACACGGAUUGGCUCAGGCGUGAUGCCCGGGCGGCUACGACGGACAGCGACAGUCUCGGCCUCGACAACGACAAAGGCCAACACGUCGCCGACCCGAGCAGCACCAGCAAGGUCCCUGUCGACCAGGAUGACGGCAGCAUCGUCAUCCUCGACAUCUUCGUCGACCUCCUCCCGCUACUAUCCGCCCUCGUCUUCGUCUGCGCUGCGGCGUCCCAGCUCGUCCGACGAACCGCCGUCUCCCACCAGAGCCUCGUCCGGUCCAGCCGUUCCGCAUGGCCGGCUACUACGGACAGCCACACUGCCGGCACCCCGAAGUCCCGGCAGUACCGGCUCAAGCGGCGGCUACCAAGGCCGCACCCGAUCGACCACGAUCACUCGGGGACCGUCGCCGCUGUCGACCGUGUCCACGACAGCAACGCUGACGAGCAGGACGAGCAGACCGGCCAAGACGACUUCUUCGGCCACCGCCCUGACAGCAGCCAUAGUCCUGCGGCCACCCUCGGCCGAGUCGUCCUCGGCCAGCAGCUCGACCACGACGGCCACGACGACAACCAGUGCCAACAAGAAGAGCCGGACGACGCCGCCUGCCUCGUUGCACCGUCGACAACGGUCUGCCACGAUCGGCAGCACGUUGGCCCCCACUACUCGCCAGCCAAGUCACUGGUACCCAAGCCGCGCACAGCCGCCAUCUUGGCGCCGCCAUCGCCCUCCAAACGACCGGCCAACGUGGCUCUCUCGGCCGAGACGGCACGGCUGCAGACGGUCCUGUUGCAGCUGCACCUGUUGCACCGCGACUCGGCUGCCACGACUGCAGCCUGGCACGCGUCCGCCCGCGAGCUGCUGGGCCGUCGAUUCGCCAUGCUGGCUGCCGCUGACAUAGAGCUCGCACGCGCCGCUGCCGUACAGGUGGAACGGGCCAAUGCGGCGGCGCUGCAGCGGUGGAAAGGCGGCGGCAUCCACACGCUCGACGAGAACGUACAAGCGCUGGACGAGGUGCUAGCUGAGGGUGAUGAGAGCGAGGACGAUGAGGACGAUGACGAGGACGGGUCGAGUCUUCUUCUCCUUCUUCCGGGCGAAAGCCAUAAGGACCCGGCGCUGGUGCUGGAUGCAGCGUGGCAUGCAGACUGCGCCAACCUGACACGCAAGCUGGAGGGAUGGCAGCGACAGCUCGAUAUACUUGGCGAUGGAAAUAUGAAUGGUGGAGGUAAAGGGGAUGGUGAUGGUCUUGAUGGUGGUGGUACGUCCAGUCUCGAUAGGAUUUUGGGUGGCUGCCGCAGGCUCGUGGACGACAUGCUGGCAGAGCUGAACGUGAUGCAGCAGCUUGAGCGGGACGCAGCUGAACAGGAGCUGGCAUGGAUCCGGCGCAUGAACUCGGCUCUGGACGGCCGCGAAAGCACAUCGCGGCAGCUCAGCGACAGCAUCAGCAGCAUUGGCAGCAUUGACAGCAUCGGCUGGGCAGCACCGCGAGCCGGUGCCAUCUGGCGGGUGAUGUAG